UGUGCUGCCGUCUGUCAAUGGGGGCGAUUCAGCAGGAUGCGGAGGCACGUCUCGAUUGUUGAAACAGAAACGCGAGCGCGUGGGCGAUCCGGGGGAUGAUCAGCCGGUGUUUCUUUCUCUAUAUGUGAAACGCGUCGCGCAUGAAUUGUGGUGUAUGCGGUUGUGGCCUGUGGCCUGUGGUCGACAAGCCGAGAUUGUCCGAUAUACGCGCAUACGUAAUACGCGCGUAAUUUAUUAUUAUAUUACACACAUCAUCGUCACUCGCAUCGCGCGAGGUCUCGAUUCGCGACGAAGACGCAAUUAUAUCUUUCUGAGUGAAAAUCAGAUCGAAAUCUGGUGUUCAUGAAACGUGUAGAGUUCUCUCAACGCUUGCACGAUGAAUCAAUAUAAAAAUUUAGACGAUUUUGCGGACGAUGCGAAUAAAAAAGAAAAAUAAGCAGAAGAAAUAUUCGUGCAAGAAGAUCGGAAUUUCUCACGCAAUCGAGCGCUUCGCAUCGUAGGACGAUACUUCGCGUAAAUGUGCGGUGGUUGACGAUUGUGGAGGCAACGUUGGAUUUGUUAGGUGGUUAGAUUUUUGCAGAUUUCAGAAUGUAUCAUAAAUUCAAAUACGAGGUGGAAUACCUGACCGAGGAACAUCUCACGGGGUUCGAAAACUACAAAUAUAGCUCUUUGGAUACAAGCCCCCUAAGUGUAUAUGUAAUGCAUCCCUUUUGGAACAAAGUAGUACAGUAUUGCCCAAAGUGGGUUGCUCCAAAUGUACUAACCUUCUCUGGAUUCCUCUUUACUGUGUUGAAUUUCAUGUUAUUUGCAUAUUAUGAUUACUACUUUUAUGCAUCCAGUGAUGAUAAACCGGAAUAUCCUCCAAUAUCACAAUGGAUCUUUGCUAUAGCUGCUUUUAACAUUUUUAUGGCAUAUACGCUUGAUGGGAUAGAUGGAAAGCAGGCGAGACGUACACAAACCUCUGGUCCUUUAGGAGAAUUAUUCGAUCAUGGCUUAGACAGUUGGACCGCUAUGUUGAUCACUGUGUGUAUGUACUCAGUUUUCGGCAGAACGGAUCACAGUGUCUCACCAUUACGAAUGUACUUUAUACUAUGGAAUGUAUUUAUUAAUUUCUAUCUGAGCCAUUGGGAGAAAUAUAACACAGGUGUGCUGUUUCUUCCUUGGGGAUAUGAUGCUUCCAUGCUAGCAACUGUCAUAGUAUUUACUCUUACCAGCAUAGGUGGACAUGAAGCCUGGAAAUUCGAAUUGCCAGGUGGUAUAUCAGCAGGAAUAAUGUUUGAAAUGCUGUUUUAUGUUAGCGCGCUUGUAUCUAACUUGCCAGUCGUUCUUUGGAACAUAUAUAAGUCAUAUAGAGAUAAGAGUGGCAAAAUGCGGACAUUUCCAGAGGCCAUAAGGCCAUUGGUGCCUUUGAUUUUGCUCUUUGCAAUUUCCACAAUCUGGAUAAUGCACUCUCCAAGUAACAUUCUAGAAAAGGACCCAAGAAUAAUAUAUUUUGCUAUUGGGACUAUUUUCUCCAACAUAUGUUGUCGAUUAAUUGUAUCGCAGAUGAGUAAUACUAGAUGUGAAGUAUUACCAUGGAUACUGUUGCCAGUCGCAGUAGCUGCUAUUUUCUCAUUUACAUUACCUAGCAUAGAUCUAGAAUCUAUGUAUGUAGUCUCUAUAAUAGCACUGUUGGCACACAUUCAUUAUGGUGCUUGUGUGGUGCGUCAAAUGUGUCGUCACUUUCGUAUUCAGACGUUCUCUAUAAAAAAUCAUUCCGAAUGACUACUUGCCGACGAUACAUGUUAAAAACGAAGAAAUUAUGAAGUAAAAGAAAAAAGUCAUUAAAACCAGUGCAAAGAAGCCAACAGGGAGAAGAGAUCUGACACACACAACAUACAAACUUGUUAUUAGAAUUAAUUAUCAGGAAUGGAGUUAAUUAUCAUGACAAAACACUUAUUGAAGGAAUUCCUAGAAUCACGUCUUUCAGGCGAAAUACGAUUAUAUAAAAGUGCUACUCGUAGAGAUGUGAUAGCUUUAUUUUGCUUCACAUAAUUGUACCUGCUGAAUUGUCUGUUUAUUUCUAUGCCGGAAACAAAAUUCUCCGAAUCCGUUCUAUAUUAUCUUACUGUGAUAUAUUUAAUUAUCCGCACAUCACUCCUUUACCUUUGAAAUAGCAGUAAUUUGAUCAUAAACAUUCUUCCUCAUAUAUUCUGUUUAAAACACUAGACUCAUAUAUACAUGUAUGUGUGUACAAAUACUUUUUCUUUGAAUGCUUCGAGCGUUAAACUGUAAAAAUGUACACUUCUUCGUUUUUGACACGUAUCGUCCCUUGGAUAUUAAUCAUCAAUUUACUAAUAAUGUAAUAUCUAUAUUUCUCUCUUUUCCUUUUCUAUAAUUUUCUUGUUUCUUUCUUUCUAAAAACUGUAUAAAUUAUUAUUGGCUAUUCAUAUAUAUUUCAAUAAUAGAAUAAUGCAUGUUGUAGUAAUACACAAGUCAUAUUUAGUACAAGUUAAUAUAUAUGAUAAAGGAUCGAGUGUAUUAUUGUUUAUAUUAGAGUGUAAAUUUGUGUUAAGAUUUGUACAAUUAUAAUUAUUACAUCAUAUUUCUAUAUGAAAUUGCAAUUCUGACAGUCAAAUAUAAUAACAAACAUUGUUUUGUUUUUUUACUUUAAAACGAACAUUUUUGAUUACAAUUGUGUAGAUACAUUAAAUAUAUUUUCAAAAAAGACGUAUAUGUGAAAUAAAAUAUAUUAAGACAUACUGGAAGAAAUUUAAGCUAGUAAAACAUUUAUUUAACAAAUAUUAACUUUUUUUUAUGAUUUUAAUAUACUUACAAGAGCUUAUUCAAGAUUAUACAUGAUAUAUUAUAGUGUAAUAUUGCAAAACAUAUUGAAAACACAGAAAUAAAAGAUAUUUUUACAAAGUAAAA